GUUGCUAGAGUCAUCUAUUAUCAUUUCUAAUGGGUUGAAAACUGAUGGUGUUACAGUGCUCUCCAGUAUUGGCUGAGUUUGGCCUUAGUGCCUUGGGCAUAUUGUCCUCCUUUUCUUGGCUAUCUAUCAUGAAUUCUCUUGCCAGUGUGCACCAUGUAAAUCAAUAAUUUAUGACGUAUUACCUUAUGCCUGAAGGUGCUUUGUAAUUGCAAUUUAAGCUGGUUCUUAAUAUUACAACGAGUCAUGAAUUAAGUCUCAAAUUUCGCUUUGCUAAGCAGCAGUCAGUAAAUAAGCAAGAGGAACGGAUAAGUAAAAUAAACACCAAAGCAAUCUGGGGAAAAUCAAAGGUUUCUUUAUUUUUAUCUUUUCUCUUAUUUUAAGAUCCCUGUUGACGCUGUCUUUACCCCUGCAUAUGCAUGUUUUAUAUAUAUACACCGUAUAUAUUGGAGCUACUUGCGCCUCCUAGUGGCCGAUUAUGAUUAGAACAACGGCUUUUGUCAAUGCCAGAAACUUUAAUUACAGAAACUGUACAGAAAUCUGAUUUUAUUAUGUUUAUUUACCUCUCAUUUAGCCUCGUUGUGCUACAAAUUAAUGUUAACACCAUUAUAAGCCUAUAUAGAAAAAUAAUAAACACGGGCAAACAGAACCGUGACGUUGUUGUUGUUGUUGUUCUCCUUCUUCUUCUUAACAAGCAUAAAGUCAUAUCUUUACAACUGUUUUAAUACAAAGUAAGAGUACAAGACGCGUUAGAACACACACAGCAAUAGUUCAUAAAUAGAUUAAAUAAAAGCAAUAAUUAAAGAAAUAAAACGUAAAAUGCCAUACAAUAUCAAAAAUAAAUAAAACAAAAAGGCCAUGAAUUCUAUCUUAAAACAACAUUUAUCAAGCAGUGAUAAACGCAAGUCUGCAAAUAACAAUAACAUGUUAUUGUUGUUAUAAAAAAACUAAUGUAUUUGACUAGCAGAGGAAAACAUCUACUCACUCAUGUCUGGUGACGUCGGAAUACCACGCAGAGCUCACACACUCUCACCCAGCACAUACACACACAGACACACAUACAUACAUAUGCGCGCGCUCCUGGUGGGAGUGAGUGAGCAAGCGCGGAGUCUAUCUCUCUCACUCUGAAGCUCGCUCGCAUAGCGCUCAGUUAUCCCGCGCAUCACGCACCGUCAAGUUGACUGUCGCCAUGCAGGAUCACAGGCGUAAAGUUGCUUUCGUGUGAAUAUCUCUCGCGCUGCAGGUGAAAAGGACAGUUUAAGCUCCGAGACUCAGAACUGUGGGUGCCUCGGAUGCGCUUCAAACUGCUGCAUGAAUGCUUGCUCAUUAGCCCGGGAUUUCACUAUCACUGCGAGGGACGACGAUGCGUUCGGUCCGGCAGCGUUCACAGUGCGCUCGGUGAUGGAUGCCUUCUCCAUUCCGCCUUUUGGGAAUUAAGGAGGGUCAAUGGAGAGCUGUGCGCUUUUGUGCGCCUUUUAAAAAUCUUCUUUGGGGCUGUGCAUGCCUGUUUUGAGAUUUGCACAUUAAUGCUGGGGCUUUCGGCAUUAUUGCUGUAAAAAUGCUGAACAACAUUCUCUUGCUGAGCAUUUUAACAGUCACCAGUUUCCCUUCAAAGACAGACAGCCGCAAAACUUCCAAAGACAUUUGCAAGAACCGGUGCUCCUGCGAGGAAAAGGAGAACGCAUUGAAUAUCAAUUGUGAAAACAAGGGUUUUACCACGGUCAUUCAGUUCCAGCCUCCGCAAAACAAAAUCAGCCAGCUCUUUCUGAAUGGAAACUUUCUCACCAAGAUAAGCCCGAACGAAUUCUUCAAUUAUGGUAAUGUAACAUCUCUUCAUUUGGGUAAUAAUGGCUUGCAGGAGAUCAAAACAGGGGCAUUCAAUGGGUUAAAAAACUUGAAGCGUCUUCAUCUCAAUAAUAAUAACUUGGAGAUAAUAAGAGAGGACACUUUUUCUGGUUUGGAGAGUUUGGAGUAUUUGCAAGCUGAUUAUAAUUACAUUAGUGCCAUAGAGGCAGGGGCUUUCAACAAACUGAAUAAACUCAAAGUCCUGAUACUCAACGACAACCUUUUGCUCUCUCUACCUAACAACAUAUUCCGCUUUGUCAUGUUGACACAUUUGGAUUUAAGGGGAAACCGACUGAAGAUGCUGCCGUUUGCUGGUGUUCUAGAGCAUAUAGGUGGAAUAAUGGAGAUUCAGCUGGAAGAGAACCCGUGGAAUUGCACUUGUGAUUUGAUACCCCUGAAAGCCUGGCUGGAUACAAUUUCCGUCUUUGUGGGGGAUAUCGUGUGUGAGACGCCGUUCAGACUGCACGGCAAAGAUGUCACGCAGCUGAUCAAGCAAGACCUUUGCCCCAGGCGCAAUCCUGGAGACGCAAGUCAUCGUGCGAUGCAACCGCCGUCUGAUUCACAAUAUCAGGGUCCGUCUCCAACCCUGCGGCCUCGAGUCACACCGACAAGAGCCCCCAAGGCCUCCCGCCCCCCCAAAAUGAGAUACCGCCCCACUCCUCGUGUCACGUCCAGAGAUAAACAUGUAUUCGGGCCUAUCAUGGUCUACCAGACGCGUUCACCUGUCCCAAUGACGUGCCCGAGCAUUUGCGUGUGCACGUCGCAAAAUUCCGACAGUGGAUUAAACAUCAAUUGUCAGGAGCGCAAGCUUCAGAACAUCUCUGAACUUCAACCCAAACCAUCGUAUCCAAAGAAACUGCAUUUAACCGGUAACUAUUUGCAGACCAUAUACAGAACGGAUCUGACAGAAUACAGCUCCCUUGAGCUCCUGCACUUAGGGAAUAACAGAAUAGCAAUCAUUCAGGACGGAGCCUUUGAGAAUCUCACAAGUUUACGGAGGCUCUAUCUAAAUGGCAACUACAUUGAAAGCCUGUCCCAGUCUUUAUUCGCUGGGCUGCAGAGCUUGCAAUAUCUCUACCUGGAAUACAACAUCAUUAAAGAGAUUUUACCCCACACCUUCAACUCGCUGCACAAUCUGCAGCUAUUGUUCCUUAAUAAUAACCUGCUGAGAUCCCUUCCCGACAAUGUGUUUGGAGGUACCAUGCUGACAAGGCUUAAUCUCAGAAACAAUCAUUUUUCUCAUCUCCCAGUGCGCGGCGUGCUGGACCAGCUCUCUGCCUUCAUUCAGAUCGACCUCCAGGAGAAUCCGUGGGACUGCACCUGCGACAUUGUGGAGCUUAAGAACUGGAUGGAGCUGUCCAGCACCAGCGUAGUGGUGAAUGAGAUCACAUGUGACUCACCAUCCAAGCAUGCAGGCCGGCUCUUGCGCUCCCUCCGAAAUGAUGCCAUCUGCCCAGAGACUGAUGAGGUUCCUGUGACUAAACCCCCGACUGUUGAGAGCUCGAGCACCGAGGCGACCCCUUCUUCUGCCGUAACCCCUACGGACAGAAUGCCGGAGAUGCCUCCAGAGGUGCCCUUGUCCGUUCUCAUCUUGGGCCUGCUCGUUGUGUUCAUUCUGUCCGUGUGCUUCGGGGCAGGAUUGUUCGUAUUUGUCCUCAAACGUCGCAAGGGAGUGGAGAACGUUCCCUCAGGCACCAAUAACCAUUUGGACUUGAACUCUUUCCAAGUACAGUAUGGCUCAUACAAUGCAGAUGCCAAUGCGGAUAAAACCGACAACCACGUGUACAACUACAUCCCUCCGCCGGUGGGUCAGAUGUGUCAGAACCCCAUCUACAUGCAGAAGGAGAGCGAGCAGGUGGCCUAUUAUCGGAACCUGAAGGAGCUGAGCUUCAGCACUCUUGACCCCAAGAAGGAGGAGCUUGAUCGAAGCCCAGCUUUCACCAUAAGCACAGUGGAGUUCAUUGAUAAGCAGCCGUGCGCCAACCGUGAACCGGAACUGCUUUAUCAGAACAUUGUGGAGAGAGCAAAAGAUCUGCCCCAAUCCGGGCCACUCAGCUAUAACUUUUGCACUUUACCCAAAAAAUCCUUCAUCCCACCCUACGAAACCGCCCGGCGACACAACCAGGAUCGAUUAAACAAAACUGUUCUCUACGGGACCCCCAGAAAAUAUGCUGCACAGUCCAAAAACGAGCAUCCUUUGCUAUCCAACAAGCUUAAAACCGAGCCGGACUACCUCGAAGUUUUGGAGAAACAAACUGCGAUGAGUCAGUUGUAAGACUGAGUCCCUGUAAAACUGUAUCAUCUGUGUAUUCAACCACAAGAGACAAUAAUAACACCACCACCACAGACCUAAGCCUUCCAUCUUCUUUUAGAGGCUGUAUACAUACCCGCAAUUUAAAGAUGAUAUAUUAUUUUCUCUAAGGUUUAAAUUAUUUCUUCUACUUGAAACAUAAAGACUGUAGCAGUUGUCGCAAGAAUAUGUAUAGCUUACAGCUCCAUGCUUUUUUGUAAUAUGAAAUAUAUUUUCUCUCAAACGACAGGGUUGUUGAAAUGACAUUCCUGUAGAACAUGUUGGAUGGUGAGUGCAACACAAAUUCCUGGUUCCAGAAGUGCCUUUGCACUUGAAGAAUUUUAUCUCUGCUUUCUGCUAAUCAAAUUUUUAUAAGUGCUGUAUUUUAAGACUCUUUAUGUAAAAUAGAAUUAUUUGUCCAUUGCAUUAAACGGAAAAAAAAGUCAAAUGGUACUCUAGUGUUGGGAGAAUAUUGUUUUCCAUGUUUUACGGUUCUAAGAUCAGGUGAUUUCAGCUUAAAUUGAAUUAAGUUUCCCAUGCAUUCUGUGAUGGAUGUGGAUUGUGCAGUAUUCUGCAGCAUGCCUGAUCUCUUUUAGCGGCAGUGUGUGUGUGUGUGUGUGUGUGUGUAGUCUCAGCAUAUAUAGUACUUGUAUUUGCCUAGUUUCUAUGUCAUGAAGCAUUGUCAAAUGGUGCAGAAAAUUAUUUGAUCAUUUCUAUUUGCCUGAAUUUUUUGUUUACAUAUCGUGGCACAUCGACUUGCUUGCUGUAGCACCUGAUCUAUUAUUCCUUAUGCGUUCACUCAUUAAUUUCUAAAUUUAAAUCAGAUCGUCUUUGACUGUGGACAUAACGGUUGCUGUCCAAGGUGCUAAAAUGAGUCUGUAAUGGCUGGUAGAGAUAUAUUGCUGAAUUUCUAAAUAUGCCUUAUUGUAGACGAGUUAAAUACUUGAAAAAUGAUGCAGCAGUUUCCUGCGCCAUAAAUCAGAUGAGUGUUAUUGUUUCCUAUCAGCACAGAAAUAGGGUAUAUGCAUUUCUGGAUUUAUUUUUAAUUUGUUUGUUUGUCUACAUAAAUGUAAAGAGAGCUCCAUAUCAUUUCUGUACUCAUAAACUCUGGGGUACAUUACGUACAUGCAUUUCAUUCAUAAUUCAUUACCUUUUAAAAAUGUUUGCAACCUAUCUGAGCAGUUUGAUUUCAAAGUGAGCCAAAUGUUUUUGCCCUAUAGAAAAAAAAAAAAGAAAGAAAGAGUGCACUGGCUACAGUGCUUGAUGUGAGAGAAUGUUUUUCAUCCACUUUCAAAUGGAGUGAUUUCCUUUGCGUGGUACAAUGAGCCUCUGUGUGGCUGUUUCCUGGUGUGGCUGAGAAUGGGCAAGCCGCACAUGCCUUGCACAUCAAUGAGAGGCCUGACCAGCAGAACACUUGCUGCUCUAGAUGGAGACGUCAUGCUUUGAUUUGAAAUAAAUUGUGAGCUCUAAUCGGUUUACGCAGAAUGAGAGGGAGCAAGGCUGUUUCAUUGAUGCUGAUGUAUUGAGUUCAUUAUAUAUACAGCUGGUUCCAGUAUAGUUUAUGCGCUUUUUUUUUUUUUUUUUUUUAAUUGCGUGCAUGCAGUUUUGCUUAUGCAUUUGAAAUUCAUAAGUCUGGGAAGUGUGCAAUCAGUCUUUUGCAUGCAAUUUGAGCUGUGAGAAUACAUUACAGAUAUAUAUUUCCAGAGCAUUAUGAUAACUUCCUUAUUGCUGUGUGGAGGCUGGGAUAAAGGACUACUGACUGAUUGAAGAGAAAGUUUUGAAGCCCAAGAGCCUCGGCAGUGCUGCAGUACUUUGAUGCCACUGGCAGUGAAUUAUGUCGAGCAGUUUGAAGGUAGUUGGCUCCAGAUUCAAAUCGAUGGGAAUGAUGCUAGGUGCUGGCUGCUGGGGGCUUGUCCUCAAGCCGUUCUUACUCACUUCAGCUAUGCUCUCAGGCAGCUUCCAAAUUCUCCUAAAUGAAUCUCCUCUUCCCUCAUCGCAACUUUGGUUUAUGAUUUUCAGAAAAGUAUUUUUUGCAGGUUCCGGACUGUAAUAAUAUAUUCAUGAUGGAGCUUUGAUUCAGAGUCAGUCAGUAUCCAGAUCUCUUGAGUAACUGCUCAGCCUGAAGGCACAUUCAUUUUCUUGAAAGGCUGUGACGUCUGAACUGGAAUAUUGCAGAAAAUUGCCAGUAGAUAUGCUUUUUGAUUGACUUGCUCUCAUCAUUAGGUGCAUUAUGUAAUACGGAAGGGCAACCAUUUUCAUUCUUUUUAAAAUACAAUUUAUGUACAUGUUAAAUAAAUAUUACUAUGCUAAAUAUUACAAAUACCUACAAAUAUAUAUGGUUACACUUUAUUUUACAGUGCCGCAUUUACAUUGUAAUUACUCAAAUAAGUACUGAGUAAUAGUAAUUAACUACAUGUACUACUAUAGAGUUACAGUUAGGGUUUGGUUUAGGGUUUGUUACUUGUAAUUAUGCAUAAUUUACUGUUAUUACUAUAGUAAGUUCAUGUAGUAACGUGUAACUAUGGCACUGUAAAAUAAAGUGUUACCAUAUAUAUAUAUAUAUAUAUAUAUAUAUAUAU